CCAGACCGCCCAACAAAAUGCCGCAGAAACAUCGUCGCCAAUCCUACAGUUCAGUCUGCAAAACUCCAGCAGAGCCCACCUGAACACCGAGUUAACCUUGCCGUUCAAAACUUCAUCAAAUUCUGCAUAUCAUGGGCGUUCGAGAUCUCAACUCCCGACCCCCAACCCCACUAUCAACAAACCUGAGCGUCGGACGAUGUGCCGGAUCAGGCGCAGAAGAGGUUCGGGUUCAAUCGCCUCCCGGGAAGAGUCGAGCUCCAUCUUUAUCUCUGGCUUCCACUACUGAUCAGACUCCAGAAAUCGGCGACAAGGGAUUGUCCCCGGAGGCACUGUCUGGUGUCGAGACAAAUUCAGAGGUAGUCUUUCAGGAACUGCUGACGGCACAUGUGCCUCUGACCAGCAGCGCGGCGACGGAGUCUGGGCGACAAAGGGAGUGACGUUCUAGCGCCCACUCGAAGAGAUGAUUCAAUCCUUGUCUUGGACAGACACUGGCCGUAGUUGAUGGAGAAGUCUCGGCAAUCAUAUAGCAAUCGCAACGAUACACUCGGUCGUUCCUCAAGACACAACCGUCACAGAUGACGGAGAUCUUCCGCCCACGCUCGAAUCCUACGUCGAAGCUCAACGUUGUUUGCGUAGAGCGAAGCAAGUGCGAUGACACAGACGGACGCAGCAAAACAAUUUGAGAGAUUUCAGCUCCGAUACUUCGCCGACACCGAGGUCCAGACCCAGAUCCAUACACAUCCACGAAUGAAAGGAAACAUGCAAAGCGGGAAAUUGAAUUAAGCCAUGCACGCAACCAUCCAGAUCUCGUUUUCCCUUCAUUGGCUUUUCAUUGGCUCUCCCGAUCAUGGACGGGACAGGAGAUGUGACCAUGCACCCCUUCGGCUCAUCGUAGCAUUCACCCGCCUUCCCGGUUAAAGUUCUUACACUGAUUGAGCUUAUUCUUGCUCGGAGAGUUAGCGUGUGCCCUUCUAAUGGCUGGGUUAGUUCUGUUCUGUUCUAGCGGCAUUCCAUGCAGUCAUACGCUGGUAUCCUCUGGAGCCAGACGAGUUUGGAUCGGCGUCGUGCUAUCCGCAGGUUGUUGGAAAGUAUGGUCUGUGUCACCUGGAGAGGGCAAGUGUUACUACAGAUCUCCGAAUAGAGGUCUGGCACACAGAAGUUCCGCAUGACAACAUUUGAGUUGCCACUUCCAACAUUCAUUUAGUAUUCAAUACCUUAUGUAACGGUUUCAACCUGAGUAGUGUACACUACAACUACCUCGUGU